GGUGCCCGAGGGAGGGGUCUGCUGAAAACGAACGGGGCGUGAGCAUUGCGCGUCCGGAGCCUUUGUGUUUCAGCUCGAAUAUCUCACAUAUCAAUAAUUCAGUGCGCAAGCAGACGGACCCCGCGCUAUGUAUUCAACUGCGCUUCAACUCGACAAGGGCCUCGUACCGCUCUCGACUGGUUAUUCGAUUACGGAGUGAGACAAGAAGGCGGGGAGGCUUGAGCUGAGAGGGGAAAAAUAAGUUUACACGUGGAACGACUGGGUAAAGGGAACUCUCCAUGAUUUAAAAAAAGAAACGGGAAAACCAAACCUGUCUUUGACCUUUCCAAAAUUUAGAAAUACACAAGGAUAGCUAUAAUUCAAGAAAGCCUAAGGAGUUUGUCAUUUGGAAAGACUGCAUUCUGUCGAACAUAAUAAGAAUAGCAGGAUACAGCCACGAAGUACAGAGUGAAGUUGCCAUAAUGUUGACGGUAUUACUGGGUGCAGUGUGGCUAGUGACUCUAGUGAACGCUCAGAAUGAGACGGAACCCAUCGUGCUCGAAGGGAAAUGUCUGGUCGUUUGCGAUUCCAACCCAACUUCGGAUCCCACUGGGACUGCUCUCGGGAUAUCGGUGCGCUCCGGGAGCGCCAAAGUGGCUUUUUCAGCCGUGAGAAAUACCAACCACGAGCCUUCGGAGAUGAGUAACCGGACUAUGGUCAUCUACUUUGACCAGAUACUUGUAAACGUUGGUAAGAAUUUCGAUGAGGAACGGAGCAAUUUCAUCUCCCCGCGCAAAGGGAUUUACAGUUUUAAUUUCCACGUGGUCAAAGUGUAUAAUCGCCAAACGAUCCAGGUGAGCCUAAUGCAUAACGGAUGGCCUGUGAUCUCGGCCUUCGCUGGGGACCAGGAUGUGACUCGUGAGGCUGCCAGUAACGGAGUGCUGAUCCAAAUGGAGAAGGGGGACCGAGCCUACCUCAAACUGGAGAGAGGAAACCUCAUGGGGGGUUGGAAGUACUCCACAUUCUCUGGGUUCCUGGUCUUCCCCAUGUAGAAGACAAGGAGACUGGAGGGACUAAUGCUUCUCAGCUCGGCGGCUUGGGAGACUGUGGAGUGAGAGAGAGGAUAAAAGAUAGAGGAAGAGAGAGAGAUAUGGGAGAGGAAGUUAAAGAGAUGUGUAAGGUAUAAUUAGGCAGGGCAGGCUCUCCAACACACUCACUCACUCCGCUGCCUGACUACAGCUCUGGACAGCCAAAACUUUUUUAUCCUCAGAAAUAUUAUAAUUUAAAAACAUUAAAGAGAGUAAAAACUAUAGGCCAAGUCCACCCCUCCCCUCACAUCAUCUCUUUCUGCAUCUGCUUUGAGGAAUGUCUCUGUAUUACCUACAGUGUCAAAGAGCUGCAUCGACCAUGUUUCCACAUACCGUAUGGCCAUCCAUCCCCACCCAUUUUCUCUGACUCCAUUUUUUAAUUCUAUACGUCUGUGUACAGUCCGACAAUACAUUUUCUACAUCCCUUCCACCACUGUCAUUACAAGUCCAAGCAGAUACUGUACUGUACCAUUGCGUCCUCCUCACUCAUCACUCCUCCCAUCCCCUGUUCUUCACAUAUAUUGAUCCUCUGUUCAAUACUCCUCCUCUCCUGUCCUGUUGUGUUAUCCUCCACUCUGCUGCUCUUCUUUCUAGCCUUCUCCUCCCAGUAAAGAUGUCCCUGCUUUGUCUUGGUUGGAGGAUUGCUGAAACUCUAAAAGACUCUAGCUGUAU